UUGCAAAAGAAGAAAAAGGUUCGUGCCAAAAAUAUAUUUUUGGUAACCAGAGGUGGCCGGAGGUUGCAUCUGACGACCUCGUGGACAUGCAUUGACACGCACGCGCGCCCGCGAAAGCACCGGCGAAAGUAAACAAUAGAGCGUAGCUCCGUGCUCCGUCCUCCGUCCGGCAAGUAGAAACGGCAACAGCGCGCGCGCUCACGCUCAUGCAGUGAUCCAUGUGACAGAGAAGGAACGUGACAAAAGGUGGCGGAGGGUGACGCCGCCGCCACCACUAUGAUCAGAGCGUGAGUGUUUGCCCGGGCGAGCCGGGUGUCUGAUCCGUGCGCGCUAUUCUCUCACAUUCCACGUAUAUAUAUCCGUACGUCUCCGGAUCGCGCGUUAUAAAAUAUGUAGAGACAUCCACGGUAAAGCGUCUCUCGCGCGUAUGACAUAUUCGCGCUCGCGAGGAAGAAAACGCGACGGAGAAGGACAAUCGCAGAAUGUGCGAGUCUACCAUGUGACUAUAUACAUGACGACGACGGCCGAGCGAGACCGAGCGACCGAAAAGCAGGAGUUGGAGUUCCGCGAUACUCGUCUUACACGCCCAGCGGGACUGCUGCGUCACAUGGGCCGCGCUCAUUCGUCGAUACAGCCAGAUGACGUCACGAACCGCGCGACUAUUGGCCUGCGAUACGGUGCCCGGACACGUGAAUCGUGGCCGAGCAAGCAUGGCAGUUUGAUGCGCAGUGGUUUUCAGCACUUGUAAAAUGCCACCGCCACGCGCCAGAUCGAUCAGGUUAUAACCCGCGUUUCGCCGCGCGCUCCGAAACGGUCGGUUCGUCGCGCGGACGUGAUUGCGGGCAUUUCUCUUGGCGUUGCAUCGCGACGUCGUCAGCUGCUCUCUCCAUUCGAUUUCAUCCCAAGCGAAUCACGCGCGCUCCUGGAUGACAAUACGCGAAAACGUGCUCGGGGGCCAGGCGAGUAAGAAAAGAGAGUGAGUGACUUUGAAAGUGGGGAAAGAAAGAGCAAGGAUAUUGCCCACUCGCCGCUAUAUAGUUAUAUCUGGCCAGUGUGUGGAUCACGAAACUGCAUCGUGCAUCGGGAUACGUAUUUAACACAUUGUCAGACGCGGCGGACAGCGACAGAAAGAGAGGGGUGAAAUCAGAGUGGGCCGGGUUUGCGACUUAGUCUUGCCAAUUCAUCGCCGGCGUCUGGAACCGGCGGCGGCUGCGGCGUCGGCGGCCGCCGUAACGCCGGCGGUUCGAUGCGGCGGAAUCAGCACGAUCAUUCGGAAAACGUUUGCGAGCAGCACAGAGAGCCGGCGCAACAGCAGCAGUACCGUCACCACCACCACCAGAACCACCACCACCACGAGCAGCAGCACCACCACUACAACAAUCAUCGCGUCCCUUCCCCCUCCACGUCCGUUGCGAGGGAACAGCACAUAGGCCACAGAAUGAGUCUGGAAACGUUGCUGCAGGCGGCCUAUUAUGUCGAGCAGGAGGAGAAGAAGCGGGAGCGUCUUGCGAGUACUUCCUCCUCCUCCUCCUCUUCCGAGCAGCACUCGUUUGUGUCCGCGCCGCCCCACUCUAACCACACUUACGCCUCUUCUGAGCCACGUGGUGCUAAAUUUAAAAAAGAACGCACAGAGCCAGAUGAUCUCUUUUGUGAGGAGAAGAUGCUGAUUAUUGAUGAGGAGGAACCUUUGGAAAACAACAGGACGAAUCAAUCGAUUGCAUCACGAGAGAAUUCUGUAGUCUCUAGUACUCGUGCCUCCGUGCCGUUAUCAACUGGAUCGAAUUCUGUUCAACUGACUGCGCUUCACUCCACCUCUCAUCAUCAUCAUCAUCACCAUCACCAUCAUCAUCAUCAUCACUCGCAACAGUUGCAACAACAACAACAACAACAACAGCAGCAGCAGCAACAGCAGCAGCCGCAUCACAAUCACAAUGAACACCAUAACACACAUAACCAUUAUGUGGAGAAUCAUAAUCCGAAUCAAUCUCAGCAAAGUGUGGGCAACCUCGUUGUCGAUGUCGAAACGAACCACGAUAAUAAGAAACAUCGGAGUGGACCAUGCGUAAUCCGAUCUGGUACGAGGGAAGUACACAAUAAGUUGGAGAAGAAUCGUAGGGCGCAUCUCAAAGAAUGUUUUGAGAUUUUGAAGAGGCAGCUACCAUCGCAAGAUGAGAAGAAAUCUUCGAAUCUCUCUAUUCUUCAUGCGGCAAACAAAUAUAUACGGGCAUUGACAAAGAAAGAUCAAGAUUAUGAGCACGAGAUGGAAAGACUCGCGAGAGAGAAAAUCGCGGCUCAACAAAAGUUGAUGGCACUGAAGAAGGAACUCAACGCGACUUGGGAUCAUAUCGACAUCAACUCUCUUCUGCUGGAACAAAACUCAGGAACGGACAUGACAAUCGCCAAAAAUGAAAGUGUAGAAGUUGAUGUUACCGGACUCCCACGAGGUGGUACAAGAUAUAGUAGCACGAGCAGUCUGAACAGCGUGACGACAGCUAGUUCACCGCAAACAUUACAACCCACCAGUACGACUUCCAAUAUCCAUAAUCAAACCGCAAAUUCGGGUGCCGUUUGUCAAACACAAGAUAUAAAUCUUGCACGAGGUUCCAGAGAAAGUCCGCCCGCGAAUUCGAUGCCUGGCGCAGCACCUACAUCUAGUAUUUCUACUCCACAGGAAAAAGUCGCUACAUCAUCCACAGCUAGUAUAGUGCAGCAGUCGCAUCAGCUACACCUACCUAUUAGCGCUCAAAUGUUGAACACGAGUCAGGGUCUUGCAACUAUUGUGCCGACUUUGCAGCACAUCGGACCGGGGCUUAGGGUGGUACCGAGUGAUACACGGCAGCUCUUGGUCACCCAUACCGCUGGCAAUAACGAACCUAGAUCACUGACAUUGGCAGUUCAAAACUCCUCAGAUCAAUCUAGGCCGCCGCUGAUCGCUGUGCAAUCAAACACUGGAAAUGAGCCAAGGCCCGUGGCACUAGUCGUUCAUUCGUCCACCGCCAAUGAUAACAGAGUAACAUUUGUACACUCUAAUCUGUCCAAUAAUGACAGGCCACUGGCUUUGGCUAUGCAAUCGUCCGCGAGUGAUGUUAGACCUGUCACAUUCGUGCACUCGGGGAACGAAGGCCGGCCAUUGGUCCUCGCCACGCAUUCUCCUGCGCUGAAUGUGUCAAAUACUCAAACGAGAAUAAGAACGGGUGACGCACAGACUACACAUAAAAUGGUUAGUGGCGUAACACUGGUCGGAGGCAACGGCUCGGAAUUAGCAAGACUUCCCGGUGGUGCGGAACUGAAUAUACUUCCAGCAAAUGGAUUAACUUUAAGUCAUGCAGGAGUGUCGCUUCAAACUACUGCGGGUAAAUCAGGCUCGACAAUGAUGCAGAACGCUUCGACCACAGAAAGUAUAGCCCAUAUCGUUGGUCAGCACACGCCUCUUUCCGGUUUGACUCCGAUCGUCACGCCGAUGACGGUCGUCUCUCAGGGUAAUCAGGUGACCGCUCACAUCCUAGCACCGUCUAGCCUAGCGGGGAAGAUGAUUACCACUCCGAUCCUCAAGUCCGUAGGACAGAUGCCGCUCGUGAAUGCUCAGUACCUUAACACCACAACUUUAGUGAAACCUGUUGUCGUGGUGAGUUCGUCAACGACAACGCUACCGUCGACGACGGCUUCCAGUACACAACCUCCGUCAACUUCGAACUCGACUGUCUGACGAUAUCAAGGAAAAACGAAAUUAAUCUGAUCGUGUUGGAAUGUCAAAAUAUGGAUUGUCGGAAUUUUUAAUAAUCGGAGUCUUUAUGUUCUAAAAUAAAUAUAUUUUUUGUUAUUUGUUGAAAUUGACGAAUUAGUGACACAAUAAGUGACCUAAAAUUAUGACCAUUUACAUAAAAAAUGAGGCAAUUAUUAUUAUUAAAGAAUCUUAAGCGAAACAAAGCCUUUGUCCAUUGUGCUAUUCCUGAUAUUGAGAUAGCCUUGCAUUUUGAAAUUUUAAUUGUGUCCUAUGAGAAUUGAAUUCAAGAUUUGAGCUUUUCCCAAGAAGAAAUCGACUGAGAAAAUGUGAGAAAAAGACCUUGCUCAACUCAUGCAAUGUAUAUUGUACACAGUACCUUAGUUUUAUUAGGGAAAUUAGAUUAUUACAUAAAUUUAAUAAAGUUCAAAGGGCUAAUUUAUGGCCAUAGUCCAAGUGUCCAGAAUAAGAAAGCUUAUUACAGCAUGUUGAUAAAUUAAUGCUUUUAAAGCUCCUGGUCUCCAUAUUGAUUUAUGAUAUAAACAUAUAUUAAAUUAUAUAUUUAUUAUAUCGUAGAAAAACUAAGAAAAAAUUUUUUGAUAUAUUUUCGAUAUAUAGAUUUAUAUAUUAUUGAACACAAGUGGUGAUGUGCAAAAAGACUAAUUUAUUUGGAUGUACAAAAAAUGGCUUACAUGAUUUCUCGCUUUUAAUAUCAUAAUCCAAUAUGAUUGCAGUUGUUGCAGGUACUAGAAACUGCAAUUUGAUCAAUAUAUGAUAGUAGCGUUAACAGUUGGCUUAAGAUCUCUGUUAUUCGCUGACCAUUGGAGCUAAAUCACAAUCUUCGAUUGUUUUCUAGAAAAAUAUUGCAAGAGUUAGAACAGAGGUGACAGUGGUGUGAUAAUUAGCAAAUAACACAUUUCAAAUUGAAUGUAUUUAUACAUUGACAAACGGUAGAUCAAUAUGAUAUAGCACAUUUGACGAAGUCUGGACAGCAAUUUGAAAUGUGUUUAUAUACUAAUAUGUAUUGUAUUACUCGUUUAAAUCACGAUACACACACAAACACACACACAAAUAUAUAUAAAGUAAUAACGGUGCAGUUAUAUGUAUGUAUGUGGCAACAAUCAUGCUAUUUUAAUUUGACAAACUAUUUCCGUGUAAUAUAUGUUAUAUGAAUAAUUUUUUUUAUCAUGUUCUCGAGCAAAAGUUUUUUCAUUAUGCUUACUUUGACAAUUGAUUUUCUUUUUCUAAACAGUUUGUUAUUUUUAAAUACUAAAUGUUUUUCUAAAUAUUUUUCUACAGAUAGCAUGGAAAAAAACAAUAUUUUGAUUCGCAAUAAAAUAAAUUUUAUUUUUUAUGUAAAUUUUAAAGUACUUGUUCUGUGAGACUUAUAAAUUGAUAAAAAUUGAAAAAAAAAAUACUACACAGAGAAUGAUACUGAUGAUACAUUUAGAGUAUCAUAAAAGAACGAGAAUAAUAUUAAUAUUAAAAUUUUUCAAGAAAUGUUAUAAGAUAAUAAAGAACAAAUUGGAUUAACUAAUUAUUUAUUGAUCAAAAAAAUGGAAAAUCGAGGACUAUGAUGAAUUUUGUGUUUUUAAAUUUAUUAUACGGUGGCUGUGGAGAAUGGAUAUUGUACUCCUUAUGGAGAUGUCUAUUUAGUUUCGACAAUUCAAUCGCAAGAUGGAAUCUUUCUUGUUAUACUGAUAGUAAAAGCGAAAAUUAUUUAAAAAUAAUGGUAAAAAAAAUAAUUUAGAUUUGUAAUAAUACCUUAAGUAUUUAUUCUUCUAUAUUUAUUACACACACACACACACACACACACACAUAUAUAUAUAUACAUAACAUACUAUAUACAUACAGAACAAAUCACUAUUUUGCGCUUUUCACAAGCGCGUAAUUAUAACUUAUUAAAGUCAUCAUGAUGAUUUUGUUAUACGGUAAGAUUUAGAAACGCUUAUUUCAAGUUGCCGUCAUUAUCGUAAACUACUUCUGUUAUAAAUAUGUGUGCAUUAUAAUGUUUCAUCCUAUUAUACAAGCAUUUGAUGCACGAUUGGAUCGGUGCAUAACUUAAAAUGACUCCAGUAGAAUAAAAGAAAGAAAGUAGGAAUAA